AGUCAGUCAUUACCGUUCUUCCUUUUCCAAAACUCGGUUCGCGAGUUUUCCAAUUUAUUCAAUUUGCGGUCCCAUUGAAGAAUCGCCUACCAAAGUGGAGUAAUUCAUUCGUUACGGAAACCACAGUGUGUACGCACGUUCCGCGAGUUCGUGGUGACAAAUAGGCCCAGUGUCGUUUUGGGAGAAAAUCGUGCAGCAAAGAUGUUCGAAGAUGCUGACAAUUUCGCCGACCUAUUCCGCGGCGGAUUACCCUACUAUCUGCUCAUCACAUUACCGAUUCUGAUCAUCUGCUCGUCCAAUCCGGUACUGGCCGCCAGCGAGUUUGGCGUUCAGCGAAUGUCGCAGUUCGAUGUCCACGGAACACCCUACGGAUGCCGUGGGUCGCUUUUGAAUCUGGAAGCGAAAUCAUUGUACACCUGGCAAACUUCUCGACACUGUGUUGUCACUCGCUUCCAGGAUAUGACCAUUGAUCAGUUCCGUGAAAUCCGUGCCAAAGCCGGUGGCUUAGUUAUUCUGCUGCCGGAGGAUUUUGCCUCCCUUAGCUUGGAGGAGAAGCAGCAAAUUCACAUGCUCGAGCAAGCGAUGAUGCUGCAGGAGAUUUCCAUUCCGGUGUACUUUUCCCGGUACAAUUCGAAAAUGAACGAAAUCGUCAACGAUGUUACCAAAACGACUAUCACGAGCCAGCAAAUGUCUUCUCAGCAGCGCGAUUCAGCAAUCAGUGAAAUUCUCGGGUCAAUUUCCGCCAACGGCUAUCAGAUCGUGGUGUCCGGUACAAGUCACGCCGCGAACAAACAAUCGAAAAUUCCAAUCAUACAGGGCGAACUAACCCCGACGAAGCACACGAUCAAAACGAGUGACGGCGAAAGUAAGUUACCGCUAAUCAUCCUAACGGCACAUCUGGACACAUUCGGCUUGGUGAACAACGGUCCACUGAAAAAUGUCGAUUUGGCUGUGUUGCUCACCUUAGUCGAAUUGUUUAGCAAACUUCACGCUAGUAUUCCAAAGUAUCGCCUGAUGUUCCUGGUGUCCGAAUCGGGAAGCCUUCUGAACUUCCAAGGCAUGAAGAAGUGGCUCGAUUCCAACCUGGACGAGAACGUACAAAUUCAACAGGCUGAAUUUGUCAUCUGCUUGGACUCGAUCAGCAGAACGUUGGCCAAUGAUAACCUUUACAUGCACGUGUCGAAACCUCCGAAGGAAGGUACUGCGAUGAAUGGCUUCUACAAGACGCUGAAAACUGUCGCACAGCGAUACGGUAACGUUACCGUGGAGGGUGUACAUAAGAAGAUCAACCUGGCGGAUACGUUGCUGGCGUGGGAACACGAACGAUUCAGCAUGAAGCGAAUGCCGGCAUUCACGGUGUCCAGUUUGAAGUCCCACAAGGAUUAUCUCCGCAAUACGAUCUUCGACGAUGAGGACGAAGAGGAACAGCUGAACAAGCUGGAAAUCAACGUAAAGAUCGUGGCCGAAACACUUGCCAGCUACAUUUACAGCUUGCCUCUGGACAAUGCUGCCGGUAGUGGCGAGAUCUUCACCGGUUCCAUGGCCAUCACCAAAGACAUCAUCCGACCGUGGUUGAAGGUGCGCUCGAGCCAGCAGAACAAUGAUCUGAAAAAUGCCUUCGAAAAGUACCUUAAGAAUGUCAAGGUUAGCUACGACAAACCGGACGCCCGCGAGCCAGACUUCAUGCUGUACGACGAGCGCGACGGCCUGCUCAACAUCUACAACGUCAAGCCAGCCGUGUUCGAUCUGUUCUUGACGUUCAUGAUUGUGGCCUACCUGGCCGUGAUCUAUCUGGCCAUCUUCCAUUUCUCCAAGAUGUACACCUUCGUUUGCCGCUUGACCGUUAAUAAGGUCAAGGUGAACUAACCUUCUUUUCGUUUAAAAUUCUCAUCUUAUUUAAAGCAAGAAUUGCCGAAGAAAAACAAAACCGUUAAUAUUCAUUUUGAGUUCAGAGGUUAGUGAGAAUGUCCUCAGAAAAAAAAAAGAAAGUUAAUUUGUAGACGUACUUUAAGUUUGCAACGACAACUACAGCUGCUAGUUUUUCAUCAUCUAAGUAUAGUUUUAUCUAGUUGUACCACGCUGCUGCAAGUCUUUUUGUUUUGCGAGCUGUUAUUUAACGUAAAAAAAAACAUCAUAACUGCUAGUCUGUGCAUUUUUAAAAGUUCGUUUCAUCCGCAUUGAAUCCAGUUCUGUUUCUGUCAUAUAGGAAUUAGAAAAAAAAAUGAAGGUUUGGAAGGACGGCGAAAGGCAAUGGAAUCAUAUGGUUAAGAUUAGGAAAACGGCUUUUUUGACCUGUUAACUCGGUAUAGAAUGGAACUAGUAAGUAUAUCAUCAAUCAGUAAAUUGUUUUGCGAGUGGAUACAAAUA